AAACAAGCCGUGGGACUGGAGUUUCACAUGCUCACAUCGUGUUCCGAACAACCACGACUGACUCCGUGUGUCCGACAAGCACAACUUGAGAAAGGGCCCACCCCAAGUCCCCCUUCAAGCGGCCCAUCAUGCCGGCUGCGGAUGACACGAAACGCAAAGCCGCGCGCGAAACCAUCGACAUCCUCCACGAAAUCUCCAUCCUCCUUAAUACACAACUUGAUCGCCAGUCUCUAUCAUAUUGCGUCUCUCUAAUCGAGAACGGGGUGAACCCCGAGGCUCUCGCGAACGUCAUUCAGCAACUGCGCGCCCACAACGAGCGAUACGAAGCACAGAGAGGCCAGGUGGAUUCUCAAUGACGCGUAUGCGAGAGGAGUGCGCACUCGGGGUAGUGUUCUUUACGACCUUUACGUGCAUAGCCUUGCAGCUUGAAUGAAACCUUGCCGCCAGGAACCAUGACACGCAUACAAUUCAUGUGCCCACUCGACUGGUAUCGACGUGUGUAUUCUAUCAAGUCGCUGGGUCAAGCGAUAGACUGCGGAUCAUAUAAUGCAGUCAAUUCGCAAAGAGCAUUUGUGCAAGGCAGUCGCGUCCAGCGCGCUCGGACCGCCGCCCACC